AUGUCUUCCCCAAACCACACGACGGUGACAGAAUUCAUUCUCUUGGGACUCACGGACGACCCAGCACUAGAGAAGAUCCUGUUCGGGGUGUUUCUGGUGAUCUACCUAAUAACACUGGCAGGGAAUCUGGGCAUGAUCGUGCUGAUCAGGACCAGCCCCCACCUCCAAACUCCCAUGUACUUCUUCCUUAGCCAUCUCUCCUUUGUCGACAUUUGCUACUCCUCCAACGUCACCCCAAAUAUGCUGCACAGUUUGCUGUCGGGCCACAAGGCCGUCUCCCACGCUGGGUGCUUCUCGCAGUGCCUCCUCUUCAUCGCGCUGGUGAUCACUGAGUUUUACCUCCUCGCUUCCAUGGCCCUGGAUCGCCACGCAGCCAUCUGCAGCCCGUUGCACUACAGCACCAGGAUGGCCAAGGACAUUUGCGUCUCUCUGGUCGCCCUCUCUUACGCUUUUGGCUUCCUCAAUGGACUGUCUCAGGCGCUGCUGACCUUUCGCUUGUCCUUCUGUGGCUCCCGUGAAAUCAAUCACUUCUACUGUGCCGACCCCCCUCUUAUCAUGCUCGCUUGCUCCGACGCCCACGUCAAGAAGGUGGCCAUGCUUGCGGUGGCCGGGUUUACCCUCUCGAGCUCCCUCCUCCUCAUUCUCCUGUCCUACCUUUCCAUUCUUGCAGCCGUCUUGAGGAUCCGCUCUGCCCAGGGCAGGCGCAAAGCCUUCUCUACUUGCGGCUCCCACCUGACAACGGUCACUAUCUUUUAUGGGACCCUCUUCUGCAUGUACUUGAAGGACCCAUCCGAGAGGUUCAUCGAGGAGUCCAAAGUCCUUGCCGUCUUUUAUACUUUCUUGAGCCCAAUGCUGAACCCGUUGGUCUACAGUCUGAGGAACAAGCAUGUGAUCCACGCCAUGCAGCAACUGGUCAAAGGGAAUCUCUCCCAUAAAAAUGCGGUUGAGGCAUCAGUUGAUUUGAAAUUGGCAGUGUCUGUGAUAAAAUAG